UACAAAAUACUGACAUAAAACUAGCAUUCUCUCAAGAACAAACAAUUCUUUUGGAAAAGAAAAUGCAAAAAAACAACAAAUUUAUUAAUACAAAAACUUUAUCUGUGAAAGAAAGAAAUAUAGAUAACUUUACAGAAAAUAUGAUUUCAGAAGAAACAAUUGCAGACUCUUAA